AUGGCUUCCACCGCGGUCUCCCCUGCUCCCGUCCCCACUCCCUUGAGAACUGUUGUCGUUCUAGGCGCGGCAUAUGGUGGCGCUCGCGCAGCACAGCUCCUCGCAAACGCGGUUCCGGAAGGAUGGAGAGUAGUAGUCGUUGAAAGAAACACCCACGUAAAUCACGUGUACACUUUCCCCCGGUACUCCGUCCUCCUAGGACAUGAACACAAAGCGUUCAUUCCUACACGCAACAUUUUCCAGUUGCCAGACCCCUCAGCCCCGUCGCGGCAUAUCGUCCUUCAUGCCCAGGUGGAGUCUUUCCAUCCAGAUCGCAUCAUCCUCUCGCGAGCAUUUCCGGAGCUCGGUAUCCAUUCUAACACGCUCCACUAUGACUAUGCUGUGUACGCGCUCGGGUCGCAACUGCCCGAUCCUGUCAACCUGUGGGGUCCCCGGCUCGACUCCAAAGAAAAAGAAAAGACGGAAUGUCACGGGACCAAGGCAGAGGGAAUCAGCUGGCUCCAAACUAGUCAGAAGGUUAUCGCGGCGGCCGGCAGUGUGCUCGUCGUGGGAGGUGGGGCGUUAGGAAUACAGUUGGCCUCUGAUAUCGCUGAUGUUUAUCCAAUGAAAAAGGUUACUCUACUCCAUUCGCGUCGGAGGUUGUUACCCAAGUAUGACGAGGGAAUGCACAUCGAGAUCGUCCAGUCUUUGACGGCACUCAACGUUGAGAUGAUCCUUGGGGAGCGUUUGGACAUGAGUUCUGUCGACAAGGUUAAUGAUGCGGGACAACGCGUUGUGCGAACACAGUCCGGGAAGGAAAUCGCUGCCGAUGUCCUCUUGUUCUGUACAGGACAGAUCCCCAGCACCGCGCUGUUGAAGGAGAUGGAUCCGUCUACAUUGAACCCGGAGAACUCGCUGGCCCAUGUACUGAGGACUCUCCAGCUUGGUGUAAUCGCUCCUUCUGCUUCGGUAUCACCUACCUCGGAAGACUUCGAAGAUACGCCCUACGGAAACAUAUUCGUUAUUGGAGACGCGGCCGAUGCAUUCGGUGCCAUUCAAGCUGGACAUAAUGCUUAUGCUCAGGCCGAUGUUGCAGCCAAGAACAUCCUGAAGCUCAUCAAUGGAUCCGGAAAGGAUGAGCUGGAGAGAUACACGCCUUCUCCUCCGUCUAUCAAGGUGUCUGUAGGCAUUAGAAAAAGGGUGUACCAAGUCAAUGGUGCGAUCAAGACCAUCAAUAAUGGCGUAGAAGAUAUGCUAGCCAAGUACAUGUGGCCGAAAUUUGGAAUCGAGGUGAAGGACGAUGCAGAUAUGUAUGAAUAA